GAAGAUUCCGGGAAAUAUUUUUUUAGAUUUAAAGAGACUCAAUCAAGCCAGGUGGACUAUGUAAACUCUUCUGUAUCAGUACAGGUGACAGACCUCAAGGAGAAGCCUAAGAUCAGUGUGCCAAAAGAACUGAUUGCAGGGCAGAAUGCAAACUUGCAAUGUGUACCACCUGGAAAUUGCGCGAAAAACCUACUCGUGUACAAUGGAAAAAGAGUAACGUAGGUGGGACAUGGAUGAAGUCAUCAAAUUUGACAUUUACUCCGACUCUUAAUGACCAUCAGGCAUCUGUUACCUGUGAGGUGACCCUCUCAACUGGGAAGACAAUUACUGCACAGCAUACCCUCAACAUUGAAUAUCCCCCUGCAAACAUAAAGAUCACCCUUUCUUCAUCUACAGGAAGAAGCGUUGACAUUAAUGACUAUAUAGUUAUUAACAAGAAGGAGGUUUUGACUCUAAACUGCUCAGCGGAAGCCAAUCCACCAGCAAGUGUGAUCUGGAGGAAAAGAAACCAUACAAAGCAAGAUAACAGUAUCGCUAGCGGGAAGUUUUGGUCUGCUGCCAACAUAACAGAGGCUGAUAUUUACAGAUGUUGUGCAUCAAAUAAAUAUGGAAUCAAUGAAACCUUUCUGGAAAUCGAAAUUAUAACUGAAAAAGAUCUUCAGCAGAGACCAGAAGUCAGAAUUGCCACAGACGACGGUAUCAAAACUUUUGUUUAA